UCCUACUAGUUUUACUCGUCCCCGUUCGAAGACCGAUGGGAGUCCAACGCGAGUCGGAUCUCGGAACGCCGCAGGAGAUCGCGGGAACUCCUCUCCAUGGAAAUCUUAGGCAGUGCUGAAGCAAAUUGAUUGCUACGGAUCGAAAUCCGUAAGACAUUUUAGAAAGUUAGGGUUUUGAUCAAUCCCUUUGGCGAGGAAGAGAAUUCUUAUUCUUUGAAGGAUUUCUCCCCAGUUUGGACUAAUUUGGGUGUUCGGAAGAAGUAAUCUUACGAAGGAAGUGGAGUUCUGCAGCUACUAACAAGAGAUUGGAAUAAAUGGGGAAAGGAGGAGGUUGCUUUCCGAGCAAGAAGAAGCAGCCAACGGUUGCCUCUGAUCAGGCCGUCACCAUUGUGGAGAGGAAUGCUCCCCUUCCCACCGAGGAGAAGAUUGAAGGCAGCGAAGAGGUCGUGGAACCUGCCGGGCCACCGGUGGUCGAGACCAAGGUCAAGAUCUUCAUCGUAUUCUACUCCAUGUACGGCCACGUCGAGGCCCUAGCAAAGCAGAUGAAGAAGGGCGUCGACGGCACUGAUGGUGUAGAGGGUGUCCUGUAUCGUGUUGCAGAGACACUCCCAUCGGACGUCUUGGAGAAGAUGUACGCUCCACCGAAGGAUCCGUCAAUUCCAGAGAUAUCGGCUGCAGAGCUGGUUGAAGCGGACGGGAUACUGUUCGGGUUUCCGACGAGGUAUGGGUGCAUGGCGGCUCAGAUGAAGGCAUUCUUUGAUUCUACAGGGCAGUUAUGGAGAGAACAGAAGCUUGCAGGGAAACCUGCCGGGUUCUUUGUGAGCACUGGGACUCAAGGUGGAGGGCAAGAAACUACCGCUUGGACUGCGCUCACCCAAUUAACCCAUCAUGGCAUGCUCUUCGUUCCUAUCGGAUAUACCUUUGGAGCUGGAAUGUUCAAGAUGGAUGAAAUUAGAGGUGGAUCUCCAUAUGGUGCUGGUGUUUUUGCUGGAGAUGGAACGAGACAACCUAGUGAAGCUGAGCUUUCUCUUGCUGAGUACCAGGGCAAAUAUAUGGCUUCUAUAGUCAAGAAGCUGGUGCAUACAUGAUUUAUGUGCUCAUAGUUUCUAUUACCUGAUUGCAUAUUUCCUCAUUGUCCCAUUCUAAGACCUCUGUUGUGCUAUAUUUUUCUGCUAUUUCUUUUUAUUCAUAAAAUAAGCUCUGCUACUUUGGUUUUU